AUGGUCCUAAUGCCACCAGAGAAAAUGGAGAAAAUGAAUUCCGACGAGCCGGAAGCUGCAUCUCCACCGCCAUAUGAGAGCCUUAAUACGAGCGCCCAGAAACCACACCGAGUAGUACCACCACCAGCAACCAACGGAAAGAGCUACUUUGAGAAAGAAGUGAAAUCCAAUAUAGCACUAUGUUUCAGUCCUGACCCUACUAAGCCCUAUAGCACACAGUUAUGGUGUGCUCAGAUCAAUAUUAAAUGCGAUAACGUACCGCAACUCAUGCUCGAGGGCCUCCACUGGACAACGGAUAACGUCCUGUGGGAAGAUGGAUAUUUUGCUGAGAUUUCUGCCGCGUACAUGCACAUCGAUACUUUCGAAGAUCUUUGUAAAACAGGACGGACUAAUACGCGUCACUACUUUCUACGGGACAUGCAGCAGGAACCCCCGAGAUGGAUUGCGCACUUACAGGUUCAUGCUGAAACCUACAAGACCUUGGCCGGUAUUAAAUUGGGAGAGUUUUCUAUCCAGAAUGUGCUCUCUGCAUAUGCUUGGGGUAGUCGCGGGCAAUAUAUCUAUUCGUGGGUUAAAAAGAAACCACGGGAGGCUUAUAAUGCCAUAUAUGACGAUAUGCCCAUGGACGGCUGGUGGCCAUGGCCCAAGAGAGAGAAUAUGUAA